CCAAGGGGGAAAGUAAGUUUGCUCAGCACAAGCAGAGCGACCAGGCAGGAGGGACAGACAUCUGAGCAGUGACAAGGCGACAGAGGGGGCCGCCAUCCCGCCUCCAGCCCCGCUCCAUCCUCUCCAUCCUCGCGGCUGCUCCCGGUCCCGGCGCGGCAGGUGGGCUCCCACCGCCCCCCUGGCUGCCCGCGAUGGCGCAGGGGACAGUCCCCGUCCUGCUGCUGGUCCUCGCCAGGCUGGUGUCAUCCACGUGGCACGAAGGGUCCGGCUACUACCUGGAGAGUCACACCAACGAGGUGUACGCAGAAGAGCCGCCCCCUGAGCCUGCCCUGGAUUACCGCCGAGUGCCCCAGUGGUGCGCCACGCUCAACAUCCACCGCGGAGAGGCCACUUGCUACUCUCCCCGGGGCAGCUCCUACCGCAGCAGCCUGGGGACACGCUGCGAGCUGAGCUGCGCCCGCGGCUACCGCCUGGUGGGUCCCAGCGCCGUCCAGUGCCUGCCCAGCCGCCACUGGUCGGGGAUGGCGUACUGCCGACAAAUCCGGUGCCACGUGCUGACGGCGGUGCUGCGGGGCUCCUACGCGUGCUCGGCGGGCGUGCAGAUGGAUUCCCGCUGUGACUACACCUGCCUGCCCGGCUACCAGCUGGAGGGCGACCGGAGCCGCGUCUGCAUGGAGGAUGGGCACUGGAGCGGGAGCGAGCCGCUCUGUGUAGAUCUGGAGCCUCCCAAGAUCCGCUGUCCGGACUCCCGGGAACGCAUAGCAGAGCCAGGCAAGCUGACUGCCACCGUCUACUGGGACCCUCCCCGCGUCAGGGACUCUGCCGACGGUGUCAUCAAGAGGGUGAUGCUGCGGGGCCCGGAGCCCGGCUCCGAAUUCCCCGAGGGAGAGCAUGUGAUCCGCUACACCGCCCACGACCAGGCUUACAACCGCGCCAGCUGCAAGUUCAGCAUCCGCGUCCACGUGCGGCGCUGCCCUGUCCUGAAGCCUCCGCAGAACGGCUACAUCUCCUGCACCUCCGACGGCAACAACUACGGAGCCACCUGCGAGUACCUGUGCGACGGGGGCUACGAGCGCCAGGGCACCUCCCUGCGGGUCUGCCAGUCCAGCCAGCAGUGGACGGGCUCCCAGCCCCUUUGUGCCCCCAUGCAGAUCAACACGGACGUGAGCUCGGCCGCCAGCCUGCUGGACCAGUUCCACGAGAAACGCCGCCUCUUGGUCAUCUCGGCCCCCGACCCCUCCAACCGCUACUACAAGAUGCAGAUGAGCAUGCUGCAGCAAGCUGCCUGCGGGCUGGACCUGCGGCACGUCACCACCGUGGAGCUGCUGGGGCAGCCCCCCCACGAGGUGGGGCGCAUCCGGGAGCACCGCCUGGCCCUCGGCAUCAUCGAGGAGCUCAGGCGCUUCCUGCACCUCACCCGCUCGCACUUCAACGCGGUGCUGCUGGACAAGGCGGGCACGGACCGCGAGCGCUACAUCGCCCCGGUCAGCCCCGACGAGCUCUUCGUCUUCAUCGACACCUACCUGCUGAGCGAGCGGGAGGCGGCGCGGCGGGCACAGAGCGGGGACCCCUGCGAGUGACCCCCGCCCUGCCCUCCGGGGAUGGACACCUCCCUUCCUGCUUUUCUAGUCGCCCACUGCAGAGGAGGAGCAGGGUGCCCGGGAGCUCCGGGGAAGGGGAGCCCCUCCCUGGCUGCUCUGGCACGCAGAGGUGAGCAGGGACUGUGUGCCAGCAGUGUCCCUCUGCCCAGAGCCAGGAGCUGUUUCCAGCUGGGGCAUGGCUCAGCCCAGCCAGGACCCUGGUGGGAGACACUGGAGUGCCCCUGCUCAACCCCAGGGCAGGGGGAGAGAGGCAGGGCAGGCAGGGCAGGCUGGCCAGCAGUGUGACAGCCUCUAGCACAGCAGCUUCAGCCUCCCCACGGCUCACCCUGGGCACAACCUUGACCCGAUGCCUCCCACUCUGAAAGCCCUGAUGAAAAGCAAAUGGCCCCACGCUCAGCAGAGCCCACAGCAGCCAAGCAGCGUGCAGUCCAGCCUAAAGGGCUUGCAUCUCCCCUGCCACUCACUCCCGCUCCCACCACCCACGGGGAGCCCUUUCUGGGAACUGCUUUGGCAGUAGAACUUCAAGUUGAAAUAAAUAGGUUUGUAUAAAAAGUCAGCGCUGGCACAUGUGUCACUGAGAGGCCUGGGAAACAAAUGUUUCCUGGAGACCACAAACCCCAACGCCCCAGGCUGAGCCCACACAGUUCCAUCCACCCAGUGCUGCAUCUGGAGCUGGGCUGAGUAUGGGGAACAGGGUGGAGAGGACAAGGACAGAGCAGACUCUAGAACAGGGUGGUAGAAAAAAAGAAUGAGAAGAAAUAAAAACACAAUGACAUUUAAAAGCAUUUUGCCCGGGGGAGAAGAAGGGAGGGUCCACGAGGACUGCAGUUCAGCCUGAAAUCUGGUACAAGAGGAAAACCCUUUAAACGAAGCUAGACCAAGAAGACUUUCUGCCCAAGCCUGUUUAGAGACGGUCAUGUUUAUUAAAGUGUAAGAAAAAUAAAA